GGGUAUUGUCUCUCCCCUUUCUCUGUCCGGGAACCCGAGGUCGGUCGCGCUGACUGACAGCUCCCCGCAGCCAGUGGCCGCCGCGCGGUGCGGCCCAGCCCGGCGCCCGUCUCCUCGGUGACCGGGGGGAGCCGGUGUCUGUGCGGAGCGGAGCCGGAGUCCUGAGGGACGGAGAGCUUCGUCAGAUGAAGGACUGAUACUGUGAGACAUGGCAAAACCUCGGACUAAUUAAAAGUUUUCCUGCUUCAGGAAAAAAAACCCAACAACAUGUAUAGACCCGGGGAGACGGUCAAACGUCGACUCAAUAUGCACGCCCCUCCUCGAAUAAGGAGUGUGGAAGUUGCUAGAGGAAGAGCAGGUUAUGGGUUUACUCUUUCUGGACAAGCUCCUUGUAUUCUUAGUUGUGUUAUGAAAGGAAGCCCUGCGGAUUAUGUUGGACUUAAAGCAGGAGAUCAGAUAUUUGCCAUUAAUGAAAUUAAUGUGAAAAAGGCAUCUCAUGAAGAUGUAGUGAAACUUAUAGGGAAAUGUUCUGGAGUCCUCCACAUGGUCAUUGCUGAAGGGAUUAGUCAUAUAGAUUCGUGUUCAAGCGAUGAAGAAGUUGGCUUUUAUGAUGGAAAGGGAUGGCUGAAGCCCAAACCUGACUCUAAAGCUCUAGGUAUAAACAGAGCAGAGAAAGUUGUUGAAGAAAUGCAGUCUGGUGGCAUUUUCAACAUGAUCUUUGAAAGUCCUAAUCUCUGUGCUGGUAACUCUGAUAAUUCUGCUCCAAAACAGAGGUCGUUUUCGGAUUCUGCUGCUAUUAAAUUUGAAACUGGUAAUGAAAGUCUAAGCAAUCCAAACCUACUUUCAAAGGACGAAAUAUCAAAAGUCAUGAAUGAUGACUCGGUUUUUAGAGUUGGAUUGGAGAGUGCAGAAGACUUUGGAUUAGAUGCAAGCAUAUUGAACGUUGCCAUGAUUGUAGGUUACCUAGGCUCAAUCGAACUUCCUUCAACAACCUCGAAUUUGGAAAACGAGAGCCUGCAGGCUAUUCGUGGAUGCAUGAGACGUCUUCGGGCAGAACAGAAAAUCCAUUCAUUAGUGAUGAUGAAGAUUAUGCAUGACUGUAUUCAGCUGUGCAGUGACAAAUCAGGUGUAGUGGCAGAAUAUCCUGCAGAGAAACUGGCAUUCAGCGCUGUUUGCCCAGAUGACAGAAGAUUCUUUGGACUGGUUACAAUGCAGACAAAUGAUGAUGCAAGCUUGGCUCAGGAAGAUGAAGGGGUUCUGAGGACAUCUUGCCAUGUUUUUAUGGUGGAUCCUGAAUUAUUUCAUCAUAAAAUUCACCAGGGUAUAGCAAGACGUUUUGGACUGGAAUGUACAGCGGAUCCAGACACAAAUGGCUGUCUAGAGUUUCCAACAUCAUCUUUGCCUGUUCUUCAGUUUAUUUCUGUCCUGUAUAGGGAUAUGGGGGAACUGAUUGAGGGAAUGCGUGCAAGGGCUUUUCUUGAUGGUGAUGCAGAUGUUCAUCAGAAUAAUAGUACAAGCAGCAAUAGUGACAGUGGAAUUGGAAACUUUAAUCAGGAAGAAAAAAAUAAUAGAGUCCUUGUGGUUGAUUUAGGGAGCAAUCCAAGUAAACAUAUUCCUAGCAGUAUAUGGGAAAAUCCAGUCGGAAGGGGACAGAAUCAGUCUGCUGCACAUUGGAAUGGCUUCUGUCACGAACAAGAAGGAAACAUUCCUUUGGAAGUGAUUCAGAACGAUAAGUCUCAAAGUCUAAACAAGCACUUAAGUCCUUCUGCUCGUAUUGAAGUUCCACUGGUUUCCUCUCGAAAUUCAGUGCCCCCGUCAAAGAAAAGCACCGCAGGCGUAGGCAAUCAGAGGUGGUUGCCUGUGCAUGUUUUACAAGAGUGGCAGCAUGGAAAUGCUAGUGACCAGGAGUCUUACACUGAUUCUACGGAUGGCUGGUCAAGUGUUAACUGUGGUACUCUUCCCCCUCCAAUGAGUAAGAUUCCAGCUGACAGAUACAGAGUUGAUGGCAGCUUUGGUCAGCCGCAGUUAAAAUCUCAUAAGAAUGAAUGGUCUAAGAAGAUGUUUUGCAUGCAAAACAAGUUUGGCCUUCCACACAGUGUUAGGAAGUCUAAAGAAGAUAAAAAGGGUGCCAAAUUCGGACGUCCGAUGGGAUUAAAUCAGGCUCCUCCGCAGCGUUCCUCUGUUCGGAGAUCAUUUGGGCGAUCAAAGCGGUUCAGUAUUACUCGUUCACUGGAUGACCUGGAGUCAGCAACUGUCUCUGAUGGAGAGCUGAAUAGUGCUGAUUUAAAAGACUGCAUCAGUGAAAAUAGUCUCAGUAGCAAUGCCAGCCUUCCCAGCGUACAGAGCUGUCGACGACUUCGAGAAAGAAGAGUUGCAAGCUGGGCAGUUUCAUUUGAGCGGCUUCUUCAGGAUCCUGUUGGUGUUAAGUAUUUUUCGGAAUUUCUGCGGAAGGAAUUUAGUGAAGAAAAUAUUUUAUUUUGGCAGGCUUGUGAAUAUUUCAAUCAUGUACCCGCACAUGAUAAAAAAGAGCUUUCUUACAGAGCUCGGGAGAUCUUCAGUAAAUUUUUGUGUAGCAAAGCUACAACCCCUGUUAAUAUUGAUAGCCAGGCACAGCUGGCAGAUGAUAUUCUCAAUUCUCCACAUCCAGAUAUGUUCAAGGAACAGCAACUUCAGAUUUUUAACUUGAUGAAGUUCGAUAGCUAUACUCGCUUUCUCAAAUCCCCCCUUUACCAAGAAUGCAUCCUAGCUGAAGUUGAAGGUCGGACUCUUCCUGAUCCACAGCGUGUUCCCAGCAGCCCCACUUCUAAACACAGUAUUAGUUCAGAGAAGUCCAAUAUCUCAACACCGAAAAAGCUGAGUGGUAAAUCAAAGUCAGGAAGAUCCUUAAAUGAAGAGUCAGGAGAGGAGGAUACUGAGAAGAAAAAGAGGGGGACGUUUUUCUCUUGGUCAAGAAGCAAGAGUUUGGGAAAAUCACAGAAGAGAAAGGAAAAUGGUGAUUAUCAAAACGAUUCUAUUCAGUCCAAUGGAUUAUCAUACAGGCGAGAAUCCCAAGGCUCCAUGUCUUCAACAGCUAGUCUUGACUUGUCUGAACCCUCUAGACUGCCUGCAUUUGUACCAGAUAAAGAGAAAUCCCCCAAGUACUGCUCUGUAAACCUUCCAGAUGGUUCAUCCAGCAAAAUGGCUGUCAAAUCUGGAUUUUCUAUCAAAGAGGUGCUGUCUGGGCUCUGUGAGAAACAUGGCAUUAACAUAGCUGCAGUGGACCUUUUUUUAGUUGGAGGUGAUAAGCCACUUGUAUUGCACCAAGACAGCAGCAUCCUGGAGUCUCGGGACCUACGCUUAGAAAAACGCACUUUAUUUCGGCUGGAUCUUGUUCCAAUUAAUCGAUCAGUUGGUUUGAAGGCUAAACCCACCAAACCGGUAACAGAGGUCCUAAGGCCUGUGGUUGCAAAAUAUGGUUUAAAUCUUAAUGAGCUUGUGGCAAGACUAAAUGGUGAGCAGGAACCACUUGAUCUCGGUGUCCCUAUAUCUAAUCUGGAUGGUCAGCGGGUAAUUCUAGAUGAAAAAGAGCCAACAAAGGGUAGAGUGUUUACAGAUAAACAAAAAGGUGCAUCAGUAAAACAGAGUGCAACUGUUACUACUUCAAGAAAUCAAGUAUCUACUGGAGAGGGAAGAACUCUAGGAAAGUCUAAUUCUAUCAAAAUGAAAGGCGAAAAUGGAAAAAAUGCUAGGGAAGUCCGGCUGUCAAAGAGAGAAGAAUCUAUUGCAAAGAUUGGGAAAAAAAAAUGUCAGAAAAUAAAUUUGGAUGAAGCAGAGGAAUUUUUUGAACUCAUAUCCAAAGCUCAAAGUAACAGAGCAGAUGACCAACGUGGACUGCUAAGGAAAGAAGACCUUAUUCUUCCUGACUUUCUUCGUUUACCACCCUCUGGACCAGAACCGUCCUCAUCUACACCAACAGGCCCUAAAGGCCUCAGCAGGCAAGUUUCAAAAAAUGAUGAAAAGGAUGGAUGUACAUCACCAAGUGGAAAACAGGAGCCCAUGCAAAACUACAGUGAAAAUUCAGUUAAGAAAACGUCUUAUUCAGAAAAUAAACAUAAAGCUGCUUUGAUAGCUCUCCACGGUCAGAAGAGUUUCAAUGUUCCUUUUAAUACUACAUUGUCUCCGAUUCCACAUGCACAUGAAAACACGGCAACAAUAUGGAAAAGGCAGUCAAGAGAAUUACAAGCUGAAGGCAUACAGAUGAUAGACGAUGAGAAUGUGGCAGACUUGACUCUUGUUGCUGAAGGAGAUAUUAGUAGCCCUAACAGCACUUUGCUACCACCGCCACCACCACCACAGCCGUCGGACGUCAGUAAACUCACAGAAGCCAACUUUCCACCCCCAACUCCUUUUACAGGUAAUCAGGAAAAAUCUGGAUAUCAAAGAUCCAAUUCAGGUGCAAACCACAUAAGGAGAAAAGAUUCACAGGGGACUUCACGGAACCCUGGUGAGCAGACGUCUCUCAAAGCAAAGGCCAGCAGAAGCAUUAAUCCUGCAGGUGUGAAGGAGAGCCUCGGUAAAGAACUGCCCGUGAACAGGAUUAUUGAUGUGGAUGGGGUCAAACUGGAAGACACCGGAACGCGCUCCUGCGAUGACUCUGAAGGGAACCUCAGCUUUGAAAGUUACAUCUCUGAACUGAGAUCCUGCCAAGGGAGGAUGAGGACUGGAGUUUAUAGGACAUCAGACCUUCCAUCUCUCAUUGCUGUCAAAAGUGAGAAGAGUAAGGGCACUGAGAGUCAGUAUAAAGCUACUUUUGUUUAAAAUGUCUGUUUUUAAUUAAGAGCUCUGGUAUUUUUGCCUGGCAUCAGCAGCAAUGGGGAUAUGCCUUAGGGACACGUUUCUGCAAGUUUUAAGCUGUUUUCAGUACUCAUUGCCUUCAGCGUCCCUGCCAGACAGUCUGUUCUGCUAUGAGUUAGAACCUGUAGAAUGAGGAAAAGGUAUUUAAAGUAUUGAACUAUUUGUUUUUGUUCUCAUACUCUUUAUAUACCAUCCCUGUCACGAUUCUGUUGCACAGUGCAAUUAAAUAAUGAUUUCCCACCUCUACCCUUCUUGUCUUUAGUAAAGACAAACUCAAUACAAAUUCCCCUACCCAAACUUUUAAUUUAAGAUGAUUUCACUUUAAUGUUCUAAUGUUCUCCUGGUCCAUAGGAUUCCCUGUGUGCUCAGAGACUUUUGAGGUAGAAGUAAAAUCAGCUCAUGGUGUAAAGAGACCAUGAUUUUCUCUAGUGGAUUAUCUGACUGGAUGUGUGCUGUAAGACCUUUGUUACACGAAAAAUAAAGAAGAGGUCUGAAUUUCCUGCACUGGGAAUGAAUAACGUGCUCCUGUAGCCAACACUGGUGGUGUUCCUAUAGCAGAAAUGUACGUACUGAUGACACAGUGGUGGGAGGGCCAUCCAGGUCCCCACUGAGCAAUGCUCCUGGUGGUUUGGCUUUGUGUGAAGGUGGGUUUGUUUCUGCUCUUUCAGUAGGCAGUUAAUUGCCACUCGUUCUUCUUGUCUUUAAUACUUUCAGUUCAUCUUCUACCCUUAGGCAGUUCUGAGAAAGAAAAAAUAUUACCGAGCGUGUUGCUUUCCCACAUUCUUCUUUUCCUCUUUUCCUGUUUCUUGAGAAAGGGUUAUGAGUCUGGACAAGCAGGAGGGUACAUGGAAAGUGCUGGAUCUCUGUUCAUCUCUGAAAGAAAACUGAGUAUAUACACUGAGAUCUUCACUGCUUUGGAAUUAUUUUGGGGCUCUCAUAUUCCAUAGCUCCUGGGCUGCAGAGCCACACAAGGAGGCACUUCUGUGGUAAUUCAUUAACUUCUUAUUCUUUGUCCCUUCCUGCUAAUAUCUACCAAGGAUUGUGAAGUUUCUGGCUAGCAGAGAAUACUGGAGACUGUUACUCAGAUCCUUCAACUCAAAUCUGUUUGUAUUACGAGUAAGAGCUACGUAGAAUUUUACAGCAGUAAAUAUUACACUUAAAGAUUUAAAUAAACUAAACACUCCAGUGAUAUAAAUGGACUUAGCACCCAUUAGCCCUAAAACCUCCAUUCUUUUUCCCCUAAAAAGCGAUUUUGUGCUUAUUGUUGAGGGAAACCCUUGUUAACGUUGGAUUGAAGGAUAAUAGGAGCUGUGAGAAUAGCUGCUGUUUUAAAAACUUGCAAGGUUAAAACCAGCCUGAGAGCCAUGCUAAAAUCACGCUGGUGUAACAAGGUUGGAUAGGAGGGGAGUCUGCAAUAGCGCUGUGAGGCUGUCAGUGCUCGAUGGUAUCUGAAUAUUCUUUCUCAUGGCAGUGAAUGAAACGAGCUGGUUACCUGAGCCCAGCUCCCAGUGUGGCCAGGUAUCCGUGCCAGGGAAACACAGCUGGCAGCAACCAAAGUCAGGGUGGGAGUGGGUGAACAGGCUUGGGAGCUGAUGCAACCAUCCCAUGGUGUGAUGGGCUGAGCUGCCAGCAGAGCCACAGCGCAGUGAGUGCAGGUCGGCUUUGUGAGACCUGAGGAUAAAAGGGUAAAGGGGAAACGCUGCUCUACUGCACUGAUUGCUCCUUUGGGUUGGUAGGGUAGGAUGCAUCCCACUGCAUUGUAUGUCAUCCUUUCAGGACACGAUGUAACACAGCAGUGGUAGCAUAGUGACUGUGAGAAGAUACUUAAAAGAAUGGGAAGGUAGGAAUUUUACAAGGUCAAGUAGUUGAAAAAGACCUACUGGGGUUACCAAACAUGUGGGAUCCAAGAGACGUGUUGAGCUUGAAACCCUUCUGCUUGAGGUGGGCAGCUGCAUAUGCAGAGCUCAGGUGGGCACAGCUCAAGGGCACUUGGUUAUCCAGCCUUAGCAACUAGAACCAGUUGGUUAACUUAAGAUAAAGGUACAGAAUCACAGCGUGGGGACACACAUUUAUCAUUGUCUUUUUACAACCUUUUGAGGACAGAUCUUAAAAAUUGGUUUCUAUUUUCUUUCUGCAAGCAGCUGAGCUGAGGAAAAAGCAGGAAAACAAAAGGGCUGUUUUUACAUUGAGUGCAGCAAAUGGUCUGACUGCAUUGAGGAUUCAAAGGGAAUUUGACAGCAUGGAAUAGUGAAGGAUGUAGAAGAAUGGAGUUUUCUUUAACAUAGGGAAAUAUCUUGGCACAAUGCCUGGAAGUCCUAUAAAUGAAGGAACAUGGGAAAAAUCUUCAUCCUUGUACUGCACUGCUAUGCUAGCUAUUGACCUAUUACUUAAAACAAUGACUUCCCAGCUAGGUCAUGGAAAUUCAUUGCUUGGACUUACUAGCUUUACUUUUCAAUAUCUGUCAGAAAAGCAAAAUGGAGCCUGCAGCAAUCAGCUGCUUCAGAUUGUGGAGAUAACAAAACUGGCUUUGCGUGGCCUGUCUCUGGCUAAUGUUGUCCUUGAUUUUGCUAAGGAUGUUGGCCAGGAUUAAUUACUGCAUGACCUAAAUCUAAUAAUAUAAUUUUACCUUGCCUCGUUAUCCUGUGAUUUCCACUACUAAUGACAUCUACUCGCAAUCAGAAAAGUAGGCCAAUUGAAGCAUUCCUUGAUAGCAUAAUCUGUUCUCUUGCCAGUUAUUUCCUAAAGAUAAUCAAGUUUUAUGUGGCUUUAUUUCCCUUCUUUUUUCUCCCAGUUUUCCCCUGUUGAAACACUUGUAAAGAAUUACUCUGGAGCCCACAGUGAUACACGCAUGGAAAACUUGGCGUUCCCAUUCUUUUAUGUGGAUGUGGGAGAUCCACUGGCCUAUAUCAGAUCUUGAACCACAAGCUGUAAAAAAGGCCAACUCCAGCAAUACCAAAAUACACUUAGAAAAUCCUGCAGCAUUCUGAAUUUUAUUUAGUAUCCCAGUUCUCUCAUAUUUCACUUGUUGUCAUGGCAUCUGGGCCUCAAACUGAAGUGGUUUCAGCCUCACAGGCUCCACUACAGCGACAGUCGUCUUGUUUAUUGUUUUAAAGGCCCCGUGAGGAAUAGAAAAUAUACGUAUAGGCAAACUUGAAAAGGGACUUCCCCCUCAGGAUUGCUGUAGUACUACAGCAGUGCUCCUUGUCAAGAGAUCUGUGAUAUAACAGACAUGCAAACUAAACCUCUGUGCAAUUUCUCCCUUGGGGACUGCGUGACAAAUAACUGCUGUUUAAUGAAGGCACAUAAACAAGGCUUUGCAAAGGGACUUUGCAAGAGAUUUACUGCUCCAUGGGAAGGAGCCAGUACCUGACUGCACUGUGCACUUUCUCAUGGCCCUGAAAGUCUUCCGGGGGUUAUUUCAUGUCCUUCAGUGAUGCCAGGUCCUUCUUGCACUACUUCUCUGCCUGAAAGAUUUGGUCUCGUUUCUUGCAUUUGUUACCAUGUGCGUUGUUUUAUUCCACCUCUCCUUAUGCCAGAACUUACUUUCUUACCAGAAAACAGCCGAAAGGAGUGGCUCAGCCAGUAGCCUCCUUGUCUCACUGGCACAGAUAUAUCUGUGAGCUUAUUUAUCACUGGUAGACAGUGACAGGACAAGGGGGAAUGGUUUUAAGUUAAAAGAGGGAAGAUUUAGAUGAGAUGCUGGGGGAAAGUUUUUGCUGUGAGGGUGGUGAGGCACUGGCACAGGCUGCCCAAAGAAAUUAUGGCUGCCACAGCCCUGGAUGUGUUCAAGGCCAGGUUGGAUAAAGCACUGGGCAGCCUCAUCUAAUACUUGAUUUAGUGGUUGGCAACCUUGCCCUUGGCCAUGGGGCCUGGAACUACACAACCUUUGAGGUCCCUUCCAGCACAAACCAUUCUAUGAUUCUAUGAUUUAAAGAUUCAAUGAUUUUACUUUUUAGAAGUAGCCUGAUUUUCACCACAAAACUGAAAUCCUUGCUGUAGUUGUUUCUCAUCUGUGUUGCUGCUGCUCAUACCAACUCCAGCACAGCAUUGGUAGUGACUAUUGUCACUUGAAAUCAUCUCUCUGUGGCUGGGAGCCCGGAUGCAUGUGUGAUAGUUUGCUGCAGCAUCUGGAGUGCAAACAGCCAGAGUUCUCAGAGAUUGUGGGAGAUUUCCAAAGCUUGAGAAAGCCCCAGCCCAACGGCAGGUCCAUCUCAAUAGGUGCAAGAAGCCAAAACCGUUGCAAAGCCCCAGCCACUCCUCAAUCCCCACUGCUGCUCAUUGUGCUGGCUUUAGAAAUCGCUCUAUUUUCUGCAUCACCGGGCAGAUUUCCAAGCUCUGUGGGAAUGUAGAAAGGCCAUAUGACAACAGAGCUGCUCUGUGGAUGGUGUGGGUGUUUGCCCUGCAGCAAAAACGAGCCUCACAUCCAAAUACUUCUGUCACUGUUGGAGCAGCAACCCAAGAUGAGCAAUGUGGCAUCAGGGUACUGAACAACCGGUGGGUUUGUGAGCCCUGAGCCAGUGCCAAUUAAAACACAGGAAGAACUUUCAUCAGUCUUACCUAAAUACUUCCUUUCUGUAGACCCACCUUUAUUUUUAGCCAGGUUCCUCUGGACCUUUUUCAGAAGACCAUUAUCUAUGGCACUGAGGGACAUGAGGUAGUGGUUGAAGUGGUGAUGGGCCGAUGGCUGGACUGGAUGACCUUAGUGAUCUGUACCAACUGAGUUAUUCUAUGGUUUUAUGACCUGCUGGGAAGUACUGGAUAACUUUGUGUCUGCAGAUCUCGCCUGCAUGCAUUACUCCAAACAUGAACAAAUCCAAUGUGAUGAACUAACAUGCUUUCUGAGUUGCUUGUGUGGAAGAUAAGAAAAUUGUUCAUAUUUUCUCAUCUUAAGUGAUGAUUUUGUUGUAUAGAUUAAAAAUGAUCUUGUACAGAAUUUGAUUUGUAUUCUUGUUUUAUCUGUGUUUGUGACUUUAGACUCCUCUGUAAUGACUUUCUAACAUGAAAACACACAUUGGACUGAUUUCUCAUGCGUUGUAUUUCCAAAGUAUUGAGAAAUCCUGACCACACAGUGAUGCUGAUAGAGUCUUAAGUGUGUCAAACUCACUUACAAUGUUUACUGUGUAUUAGUAAAUAAAUAAUUUAUACCACUGAAA